AUGACCCCUUUUGUUAUGUGUGCUCAAGUGAGGAUAAAGCUUUCCGCCGGAAGAGGUGCUCGAAGGAUGUUUCCACCCCUGGUUAUUUUAUUCCAACAAAUCCCCUCUCGAUCGGAAUCAGAAUCUACCGGUGUCGACCUGAACGAAUGGACAAUUCGAAUUCAUAUCGCGGAGUUGAGUGGUCGAGAACCUCACGUCUUUUUAAGUAUUAGGGAGUACAGAGAAAUGGGAAGAACCCUUCCAACUCCAGUUCCUUGCAAAGUCUGCGGAGAUCGAUCCUACGGAAAACAUUACGGAGUCUACUGUUGCGACGGUUGUUCCUGUUUUUUCAAGAGAUCAGUUCGUCGAGGUGCCUUAUACACAUGCAUAGCAGGCACAGGAACAUGCGCAGUGGAUAAAGCUCGAAGGAACUGGUGCCCCCACUGUCGCCUGAGGAAGUGUUUCGCAGUGCAGAUGAAUACCGCAGAUAAUGGAUUUGUUCGAAAAUCAUCUCGGAAGCCUGUUCAAGAAGAGCGCGGUCCGCGCACCAGAAAUCGUGCGUCAUCAUCUCUAAGUUCAACGACACCUUGGAGUCCAAUAGAGCCCGCAGCAACAGCAUUUCCACCUAAGAUCAAUGAAGCAAUUUGUCCCGACACCCGAAUGAUACCAAGUAUUUUUCACCCUGCCUUGCUUCCCCCGCUGCUUCCUCGUCUGGUCUCCCCAGGAGAAGCCAUUCACUACGAAGUCUCGGCGCAAAUAUUUCUCUCCUCAAUUCGUGGCGCUCGUAGACAACGAGACUUUUCAGUGCUAAAUGCCUCUGACCAAACGACAAUCCUACGACAGAAUUGGGCUGCCAUAUUUACUCUACGAGCUUCAAUAUGGCCGAUAGACCUGGUGGAACUACAACCACAAAUUCCGACACCUAACACAACAAUAAUCACGUGUUUAUCAUCAGCACGAUCGAUGAUACAGAAAUUGCAACUGGAUGAAAUGGAAAUUUCUUGUUUAGAGACUUUUGUCACUUGUCGUCCAGAAUUAGCUGAAACAGUCGAGGCACUGAGUGCAAUGACCGCAGGAAGAACCGCAGCCUUGGAGUCUCUCAUUGAGCAUCUCCAAGGGCGAGAAGACAACGUUCACCGUCUUGCCGAAAUUCUCCUCAUCCUUCCAAUUCUAUUAACCUGCACCAACAAGGACCUAGCCCUAGCCCUCUUCGCCCCCAUAAUCGGUGACGUAGCUCUUGAUCGCGUCAUCGCUUCGAUCCACUAAUCAGAAUAAACAUGUACU